UCACAUCCUCUUCGAUCUCAUGAAAAAUAAAAAUUGGGGUUAAAAGAAAAAAAGAAGAAAAUUCUGGAGAUCUGUCCUUUAAUUUCUGGCCAUCCUCCUGUACUGUUAGAGAGACCGGACAUCCAAACUCGGUGCUGUUUCUCUCAUAACAGUUUUGCGCCAAAUGUCCCCAACUUAACAACUCAAAACCUUCUCCUCUUUUUCUCGAAACGUUUCUUUUCCCCUACCCACAAAACCGUUUCUAGGGUUUCACCAAACUCUUCCAAUUUCAACUUCCAGAUUGCCACAACGUUCUGUAAUUUCCGCCAACGACAACGACAACGACAACGACGUCGCUUAGUUUGGCUUGCCAAAGUCGGAGUCUUUGUUCCAUUGGGAUUGUUUUGGUGGUGGUGGUGUUGCUGCCUUGUGCUAAUUGCAGCUGGGAGGUCCUUGGUUUUGGGGUUGGAGCUCCAAGAUUUUGAAUUUCUUCGAUUUUGUUUGAAUUUCUGCAGAGGGUUUUCGGAGUUUUCGAUUUCGAAGUUGCUUACUGUGAUUUAGGGUGUUUGGUUGUGUAAUUGGUUGGUGUAAUUGGUGGGGAUAAGGCAUUGGUUAGGUAUAGGAUAUGAGUAGUGUUUUCAGUGAGCAGAUACUUGCAGAUAAGCUCUCCAAGCUCAACAGCACCCAGCAGUGUAUCGAAACUUUGUCACACUGGUGUAUAUUUCAUCGGAGCAAAGCUGAAUUGGUGGUUACAACAUGGGAGAAACAGUUCCAUAAUGCACAAAUGGUUCAAAAAGUCCCUCUCUUGUAUCUUGCCAAUGACAUCCUACAGAACAGCAAGCGUAAAGGAAAUGAAUUUGUUACCGAGUUUUGGAAGGUUCUUCCAAGAGCUCUUAAAGUUAUUAAUGAUGAAGGCGAUGACCAUGGAAAGAAUGUUGUCUCUAGAUUGGUUGGUAUAUGGGAAGAGAGGAGAGUAUUUGGGUCUCGCACGCGGAGCCUCAAAGAACUAAUGCUUGGGCAAGAAGUGCCUCCACCCUUGGAGUUCAGUGGCAAAAAGCGCUCACGUUCAGUCAGAAUUAUGAAAAGAGAUUCACGCUCUAUCAGAACGAAACUUUCCAUUGGAGGUGCAGCUGAGAAGAUUGUAUCGGCAUUUCACUUGGUGAUCGGUGAAAAUCCAAAUGAAGAUGCCGAGAUGAGUAAAUGCAAGUCUGCAGUUCACCAAGUAAGGAAGUUGGAAAAAGAUGUUGACAGUGCCUGUACUACUGCAAAGGAUCCAAAACGGAAAAGUUUAGCAAAAGAACUCGAGGAGGAAGAAAAUGUGUUGAAGCAGUGUUUUGAGAAACUUAAAUCAGUUGAAGCGAGUAGAGUAGCACUAGUAUCUCAAUUAAGAGAAGCUUUGCAUGAACAGGAAUCCGAACUGGAGAAUGUUCGAACUCAUAUGCAGGUGGCACAAGCACAGGCAGAAGAAGCCAGCAACAUGCGGAAACGGCUAAAUGAUGAAGAUUAUAUAUUUAAUCCAUCAAGUGCUGAUGCAAAUUCCAAGGGAGGACAAACACCAAAGAAGUCUGCUGCAGCCAUUGCAGCUUUGGUUGCAGACAAGCUUGCUGCUUCUAGUUCCUCUCAACUAAUUAUGACUUCUGUUCUUUCUACUUUUGCUGCUGAAGAGGCGAAGAAUGCUGGCCUGACCAAGCCCUCUACCUCUUCCAAUUCAUACCCAUCCACGCCAAAGAGUUCGGGCACUGAUUCAAUGUCUAAACCCGAAAGGUCCAUGCCAGUUUCAGAUCCCAAUGUUUUUAUGUCAACACAGCCGCCCGCUGCGCCUCCAAACCACUCUUACCAAUCAGCAAUGGUUCCACAACAGCAGAAUCAUGUCCCAACCUCACAAGCUCAAUUUCAUAUGCUUCAAAACCCAUCCUCACAACAAUAUUUACAGCCAUCAGGAGGUGUCAUGAGCCAAUAUGUUUACGGGAACAUUCCACCUUUGCCUCUAGGACCACCACCACCCCCACCGCAUAUGGUAAGUCCAAUGGUGCCAAUGUCUCAGCAGCCCAUGCAAAUGAACCAGCAGCCCUCACCAAUUACCCAGCAGCAACAAAUACCCUUAAUUCAACAACCUCCUAGUUUCCGGCCACUUCAGCCACCCGGAAUGGUGUAUUAUAGCCUUCCUCAUCAUUCUCAGUGAAUUUGAAUACCUUAGGUAGGCACUAGGCAGUAUAACCAAUGUGAGCUUUAUUUUUGUUUCAGGAAAAAAUCAUCAAAGUUUUGUUUAAUCAGCAUUUUGGCUAUUCUUUUUUCAAGCCAGCAUUUGCUUUUUCAUGAUUAAUUAUAAUUUAAUCAUUGGACAAUAAGUCAAU